AUUUGUAAUUCAUCAACUUUCAUUGGACAUUUGAAAAUGAAUGACUGAACAUCUUUCACGUUUCAUAAGCCAUUGUUGUGAGUGUAAAUACGUAUGCCGGUGACUGACGCGGUGGGCGGGCCUUCAGCCCCAAGCUGCCCGUGUGGUGUCUCCUCAUGCUGCAGCUGGACACCGGCUCCUUCCUUCAGAAGACCUGCAGAUCUAGAGACUCCUGUGCGAGCAGCGCGUCCACAAAGACUCCAUUUGAACAAUCGAGUUUGCCACCAUGGUGAACCAGGUUCAGCAAGUGGAUGGAACCUGGCAGACGACCAAGAGUGACUCCAGCGGUGCCAGUUACAGUGGCGGGGAUAGUUCGAAGGAAAGCUCCCGCUGUUCCACGCCGGUGCUGGAUGCUGACCGAUCUGACAGGCUACGGGAAAAGAUGAGGAGGAGAAUCGAGUCGAAAGACUUCUGGUUCUCGCUGGAGUUUUUCCCUCCUCGCACCGCCAGUGGGGCAGUGAACCUCAUCUCCAGGUUUGACCGCAUGGGAUCUGGGGGUCCACUCUUCAUCGAUGUCACCUGGCAUCCAGCAGGAGACCCUGGCUCUGACAAGGAGACCUCCUCCAUGAUGAUCGCUAGUACGGCGGUCAACUACUGUGGCCUGGAAAGCAUCCUCCACUUGACCUGUUCUAACCAGACAAAAGAGACGAUCACCGGUUAUCUCGGAAAAGCAAAGCACCUCGGCCUGAAAAAUAUCAUGGCUCUCCGAGGAGAUCCAGUAGGAGAUGACUGGGAGGAGGAAGAAGGAGGCUUCAACUAUGCGGUGGACCUUGUCAAACACAUUCGCUCCGAGUUCGAUCAGUACUUUGACAUCUGCGUCGCUGGUUACCCCACUGGACACCCUGAGGCUCAGAGCUAUGAAGAAGAUUUGCAGCACCUGAAGGAGAAGGUGGACGCUGGAGCUGACUUUGUCAUCACGCAGCUCUUCUUCAGGGCGGAAACGUUUCUCAAAUUUUUAGAUGACUGCAGGGCUAUUGGGAUCACAUGUCCCAUCCUGCCAGGAAUCUUCCCCAUUCAGGGAUACCAGUCCCUGCGCCAGCUGGUUAAGCUUUCCAAACUGGAAGUACCAGAGGAGAUCACCCAGGUCAUCGAGCCCAUCAAAGACAAUGAUGCUGCAAUUCGUAACUACGGCAUCCAGCAGGCUGUGGACAUGUGCCGGGUGCUGUUGGACAGCGGCAAGGUCCCAGGGCUCCACUUCUACACGCUCAAUCGGGAGGUGGCCACCAUGGAGGUCCUUCGCCAGCUAGGACUAUGGAUAGAAGACCCCAGGCGACCUCUCCCCUGGGCAGUGAGUGCUAAUCCCAAACGGAAGGUGGAGGAUGUGCGACCAAUCUUCUGGGCGUCCAGACCUAAGAGCUACAUCUACAGAACCCAGGAGUGGGACGAGUUCCCCAAUGGCAGAUGGGGGAACUCAUCAUCCCCAGCUUUUGGAGAAUUGAACGACUACUACCUGUUCUACCUGAAGAGCAAGUCUUCAAAGGACUCACUGCUGCAGAUGUGGGGGGAGGAGCUACAGAACGAAAAAUGCGUCUACGAGGUCUUCACUUCCUAUAUCACAGCGCAACCGAAUCGCACUGGACACAAGGUCAUGUGUUUGCCCUGGAAUGAUGAGCCUCUGGCUCAAGAGACAAACCUGCUAAAAAACGAACUGGAGAAGGUCAACAGAAGAGGCGUCCUCACCAUCAACUCACAGCCCAACAUCAACGGGAAACCCUCAACGGACCCCAUCUUUGGCUGGGGUCCAGCUGGAGGCUACGUCUUCCAGAAGUCCUACCUGGAGUUCUUCACCUCCAGCGAAAACGUCUCUGCUCUCCUCAAAGUGCUGAAGAAGUACGAGCCCAGAGUCAACUACCACAUCGUGAACGUGCACGGGCAGAACCUGACCAAUGCCCCAGAAAUGCAGCCCAACGCUGUGACCUGGGGCAUCUUUCCAGGCAGGGAGAUCGUUCAGCCCACAGUCGUCGACCCUGUGAGCUUCAUAUUCUGGAAGGAUGAGGCAUUCGCCUUGUGGAUCGAGCAGUGGGCCAAACUCUACGAAGACGAGUCACCAUCCAGGAUGAUCAUCAAGUACAUCCACGAUAACUACUUCCUGGUCAACCUGGUGGACAACGACUUCCCUCUAGACAGCUGUCUAUGGCAGGUCCUGGACGACAUGUUUGAGCUGCUGGACGCUCCUACUGAGCCGCUCUCGGAUGGAGCACUCUCUGAAUAAAUCCAUGUCUUCACAUGACUUAAGUGCUGCUGGACCUGUGGAGCACCACCUGAUUCGGUCAACACUAAAGGGUGCCUCAUCUGGUCACACCUGUUGUCUUUUUAGAUUUCACCAUGACAGACUUUAUAACCGCAAACUGACAGUAGAAUUAAAUUAGUUUUUAGAUCCUAAACAUAUUUAUUUAGACGAGCUAGAGUGAGAUGUUUACAUUGUGUGUGUGCGCUUGUGUUUCCUGAAUAUAUGGCACAAUGGUGUGUAAUAAGGUGUUACUGACACUUAAGUGAGUCUUUCACAUUUUUCUUAUGAGUUGAACACAAAUUCUGCUUUUAGCAACCGUUACAUUUAUUUUUUAAAUGCCUCUCCUCUCACCUAAGUUGC